CAAGGCGGGGCUUUAAGAGCCCAGGUCUAGGCGCUGGGCGGGUUCGAGGCGGAGACCCCGGAUGCCGAGCCCUCGGAGGCAAAGAGGGCCUCCGGGAAGGGAGCCGAGCUUGCGUCGGGGGCGGGGCUUAGAGGUACAGACGCCCCUCUUCCAACCCGCACCGUGGAGCGGGAAGCCAGAAGGCGCGAGCUUCGCGCGGGGGUCGGGGCCUGGGGCGCGUGGCUGGACGAGAGCGGUGCGCGGCCCGGUGACGUCACGUCGCCGGCCCCGCCCCUUCGCGCCUCCGGCUCGGCUGGCGCUGUGUGGAGACGCCAACAUGGCGGACAGUUACAGCCACGAACCAUCGGCAGCCUCCAGUAGCUACGAGGACAAACAGGAUCACCUGCCUGCUGCUGGCCAGCCUCAGCUCCCUGCCACGGACACCCUCUGCCAGCCAGGACCAAGUUACCUGAGCUACAACGUGUCGGUGUGCCCCACAGCUGUCCCUUAUCAUCCUCCAUCACUCCCCACCCAGAUGCGACCGCCACCGGUCCUGGGGCACCCCCAGCAGGCACCCGUGCUCCCAAAGCCCGUGGACUGUCCUGUGCCACGGGGCAGCUCAGGAAACGGCCCCAGAGACUGUCCCGCCAGCAGCUUCACCCAGAAGCUACCAAUUCCCACCAAGCUGCUGAAACCCAAGGACGACUCCAGACAGUCCCUGCUUCACUACUGUGACACCUGCAAGAUCAUCUGCUUUGGUCCCCAGGCCUACCGCGAGCACCUGGAUGGGCAGAAACACAAAAAGAAGGAGGCAGCUCAGAAGAUGCGCGUCCAGCCCAAUAGCAGCCCUCGUGGGGUGCAGGCACGGCUACACUGCAGCCUGUGUGCUGUGUCCUGCACCGGGGCGGACUCCUAUGCUGCCCACAUCCGGGGGGCCAAGCACCAGAAGGUCUUUAAACUGCACACUAAACUGGGGAAGCCCAUCCCCACCAUAGAACCAGUGCCAGGGAACUCCAGCUUGACCCAGGCCACCUGCACCAGCAAGCCGGCCUCCGUCACCACGGGGAGUCCCCCUGCAGCCUCUGCCAAGCCUAAGGCCUCAGCCAAGCCUACCAAGUCUGUGAUCCCCGCCAACCCCAGAGGGCCGGCCCCAAGCAGGACCGCACUGGCCAAGAGAGCGGUGGCUUCGAAGACCAUGUGCAUGGGGACUCCUCAGCCUCAGGCGGUGAGCAGCAGACCCUCAGAGAAGAAACCGGCACACCCCCUGUCAGAGGGGCCUGGGGAACCAUCCACCCAGAGAGAUGCUGGGGAAGCUUCUGGAAGCUGCUGUGACUCUGAGCCAGUGGGCCUAGACUAUGUGGGAGAGGUGCACAGCGAGGAGGGCAAAGUGAUCCGCUUCUACUGCAGGCUGUGCCAGUGCAGCCUCAACGACCCCAAUGCCCGGGACACACAUGUGCGGGGCCGGCGGCACCAGCUGCAGUAUAAGCAAAAAGUGAACUCUGAUCUUCUGAUCGAGGUCAAGCCCAGCAACAGAAUUCAGAAGCUCUUGGAGGAGAAGAUAAGGAAGCGGAAGCAGCUGACUAAGAAGCGGCUCGAGGAGAUGCGGCGCUGGCACGCAGAGAUGAGACGCUUUGACCUGUGCAGGAAGCAGCAGGAGGAGGGGCCGCAGGUCCAGGACAAGCACCCUGAACACUCGCCACCCGACCAGAGCACCCUUCCCCUCACGAGCAGGCCAGGGGCGCCCCCGUCCAAGCCUCUGCCCGUGCGGCAGCAGGAGUCCAGCAGUGACCGGCACGUCAUGUACAAGCACGCCACCAUCUACCCCACAGAGGAGGAGCUCCUGGCCAUCCAGAAGGCCAUCUCCCACUCGGAGCGGGCCCUCAAGCUGGUGUCUGACAUGCUGGUCCAGGAGAGUCCCAGAAGCCCAGAGCAGGAGGGUGGCGAGUGCGGUGGCACCGACUCCUCUGCUCGGGCACUGAAGGGCGUGAUGCGGGUCGGCCUCCUGGCAAAAGGCCUCCUCCUGCGGGGAGACAGGACCGUGCAGCUGAUCCUGCUCUGCUCCCGGAAGCCCACCCGCCCCCUGCUGCAGAGAAUCACCCAGCAGCUGGCCCUGCAGCUCCCGAUGGUGACAGAGGACAAGUACGAGGUCUCAUCUGACCCCGAAGCCAACAUUGUCAUUUCCUCCUGUGAGGAGCCCAGGAUGAGGGUCACUGUGUCGGUCACCUCACCCCUGAUGCGGGAGGACCCCUCCACAGACCAAGAAGUGGAGGUGCUUCAGCCCAACCCCGACCCAGAGGAUGUCCUGAGCCCAGAGAGGUGUCUCCAGUCACUGGCUGCCCUCCGCCGUGCCAAGUGGUUCCAGGCACGAGCCAGUGGCCUGCAGACGUGUGUGAUUGUCAUCAGGGUCUUUCGGGAUCUCUGCCAGCGCAUGUCUACGUGGGGGGCCCUGCCAUACUGGGCCAUGGAGCUUCUGGUGGAGAAGGCUCUGAGCAGCGCAACGCAGCCGCUGAGCCCUGGAGCUGCUGUGCGGAGGGUCCUGGAGUGCAUGGCCUCAGGCAUGCUCCUGACAGAUGGGCCAGGGCUCCAGGAUCCCUGUGAGAGAAACCCGGUGGACACCCUUGGAUCCAUGACCCCCCAGGAGCGUGAGGACCUCACGGCCAGCGCACAGCACGCCCUGCGCAUGCUGGCGUUCCAGCAGAUCCACAAGAUCCUGGGCAUGGACCCUCUGCUGCCCCCCAGAACCAGGCCCGGGAUGCACCUCCGGAAGAGGCUGCGGGAGGCGCGAGAGGCCCAGGAAGGCGAGGGCCAGAGGAAGCAGGCCCGGCAGGGCGGAGAAGGGCCUGUGUGAGCGGCCAGGCCUCCCACAGCCGGACCUGACAUCCCUCCAGCAGCCACUUCGUCCUGGACUCUGGGCAGUUGUGUGUGCCUUUCCAGUAUUGUUCUAUAGGUUCCUUUAGAAACACCUGUGCUUAAAUCAUUAGAUUGAAUCGUCAGGGGAUGUGAGCCCCCCGGACAGCACCCCGCACCCCAAAGCCUGUUGCCAUGGCAGGGUAGAAGGUGCAGUGGGACAAUUUCGACCCCUGGCAUUUCCCAAGGGUGUGCAGAGGCCGGGUCUCCAGUCCCCGGGUCCAACCUGCUCUAAACUGACCACCCACUCCCACUCCCUAGCCUAGAGGUGGCCCUGUGGUCAGAGGUCUGUGGGGCCUGGGUGGGCUUGUCCUUGAGUUGCUGCCAUGGGGAGGUGACAGGGCUGAGGGGUGGGGAGGAUGCAGUCUGGGCACUCCCUGGCCUCAGAAACAUCUGUGACCUGACCGUCUGCCCUGACCCUGAGACUCCUCACCUCACCCCGUACCACUGAGUGCCUUCUGCUCACAGAGUUGCACCAUACUGUCUCCCAUAGGGCUGGGACCUGCCUUUUGUGGCCAUCCUGCCAUCCGCCCUGCACAGGUUCAGCCUCUGUAGGUCCUGGGCACGCCUCCUGGGAGCAGCGUCUGGGGGCCGUGCCUGGUGCAGGGCCAGGGGUCAGGCGCCUCCCGGCAUUGGGGGGCGUGGGGCACCCUCUGCCCAGCACUGCCCCGAUCCGUCCAAACCUCUCUUUGCAACAGAUUUUCUUGUCUGGUUGCCCAGUGGGGUUGGAGGAGAAAAGUGUCUUUGGGCCAAGGCAAGCCAUGUCACUUGAUGGCUUUGAUGUCCCUUCUGUGUUUAGGGAACAGCCUGUGUGUGUCUUCAUGCUAAUGUCCUCGCAGAGCUACCUGGAAGACUGCGGGGUGGGAAUAAACAAGGUGUCUACUCUU